AUUCACACUCACAUUUAAACACACCUACCCCUACCCUCUUCUUCAUAAUGGGAACCUGUGCUUCCAUUCAAGGAUCAUCAAAGAAAGGUGCAAACUUUACAUCAUGGGAAUCUUGUGUCAACAUAGUUCACUUGGAUGGUACUUUGCAACAACUAAAGAAGCCUUUGAAAGCAUGGCAUGUUUUGUCUCUGAAUCCAAACUGCUUCAUAUGCAGCUCAGAAUCAAUCAAUGUUGGUUCAACAAUGAAAGCUGUGGAUCCAAGUGAAGAGCUUCACUUGGAUCAUAUUUACUUCAUUGUUCCUACAAUCAGAUCCCGGGUUCCGCUUUCUAUGCAGGAUUUGGGUCAAUUAGCAUUCAAGGCCAAUGCAGCUCUUGCUCAUUCUUCUUCCAAUAAUAAUAUCUUCAAGCCUUGUAAUAACAAAGUUCCUCUUUCUAGAAGGAAGAAGCCUCAACGAACACACCCAAUUCUUAUUACAUGAUCAACAUCUAUAUGGGUUUCUUUGAGUUUUAUCAUCUCUUAAUUAAUCACCUCUAUCAUGUUGAUGAUGAUGAUUCCGUCAUGGUGAUGAAGAACUCAAGCUCUAUAUUCACAUCAAAGGUUAUUAUGUUUGAUGGACGGGUUUAAUUUGAUUCGGUUCGGUUCGGUUCAAUUUGAGGUUCAUUUGUUUCUGAGGGGUUUUGAGUGACUAAUGACUAGUUUAAGUGCAGUUAACUUCAUAUCAAGUUGAUAGUUCAUCAUAGUCGUUAGAUGACAAUUUAAGAAAAUUUGUCAAAUCAUUUAACGACUCUCAACUAUUAACUUCACAUGAAAUUAACUGUACAUGAAUUUCCAUCUCA